AGAUAUUAAAAAUGCCACCUGGCUUAAUGAAACGAAAUUCAAGCAAACGUAAAGCUUCUGAAGGGUCUGAUGAACAGGAAUUCUCUGAGGAACAAACUCUUAUUGCUGGAAGACCAUCUCGCAAAGCAGCUUUGAAAUCUCAUCGGGUUUGGGAUCCUUUGAAGCCGGGAGCGGCCAAACAUGCAGAUGUUGAGGAGGAAGCGUCUGGGGAAAGUCCAGGAACUUCUGCUAAACGAACUCGUGUUGUUGCAAAGCGUACCUCAAAGGGGGCACAAGAUGAUGAAGAUCAGUCAGACAAGCAACAAGAUGAAAAAAAUAUUGAAAAGCUAGAGAUUGAUAAAAGUGACCAACAAGAACCAGAACGAAUUAUUUUGCAACAACGAAAGAUAAUUCCUAAAGGUCUUCAUUCACAUCCACAGCCAGCGAUGAAUAAAGAACAAUUGGCAUUAAUAGAGGUUAGGCAUUAA